UAGUGUUUUCAAAUGAAUAUUAAUUUUAUACUGUGUCAAUCUAUAUUCAUGCAUAUUGUAAUUGGUUGAGUUCAAUUGGGCAACCAUUUUCACAACUUGUUGAACAAUUUUCAAAACAUAUUUAUAUGUUUAUUAUGGGAUAAAUAAUAAAUUUUAAUUUAAACAAUGAAUUUAUAAAAUACACAAAAAAAACAACAUUUUACAGCAGCAUCUAUUUGUAGUCAUUUACUAUAUUAAACACAUGUACAUAUGAUUCUAGAAAUGGUAACACUGUUGCUAUUUAGGUACAUGCACCACAGCUGUAAUAAAAGCCGUCCGUGUAAACAUCAUUUAUAUAUUGACUUUUGCAUAUUUCACAAGUUAUUUUCUUUUUAUAUUUACUAAAGAUGGCAAAUAAACAAUAUUAUCAUAACAAAGAAAUUGGUUACAACAACUCUAAUUUUGUAUCAAUUAACCUUAAUUGCCUUUAUCAUGAUCACGAGGUGUUAAAAACAUAUGUCGCCGACUGUCACUUAUUUAGAACAUGUCAACCAGCAACAUUUUGUCUUUUUGUGUUCGACAGAAAAGGUGUGAUUUUCGCCAUAUUUCUGCCAGAGGGGCCAGAGCUCAGGUUGGAGAGAUCGAGCGAUUGGUUUUUGAGCCAUCCAAGGUGAAAGGUAAAGACGAGAAUGGCAGACACAUUUCAAGACAUCUGUUGGGGUGUGAUAAGAGGCUUUCAGGAUGCAGUGUUAGGAUCAAUGAAGAUAUUUAAAUUAGAUUCUGAACAAGUGGAGGGAAAGGAACAGCAACAAAAGUUAACCACACUAGCUAGACGUAGAGCUGAAAAACAGAAACAAACUAAUAAAACGGAAAAGAAGGAAAGUGAACCAAAAGUAACACAUAGGAUAUUUCAGUGUUGUGCUUGGAAUGGUGGUGUUUUCUGGAUGAGCAUAUUGCUGUUUAACUAUGUGUUACUGCCUGGCCUGCAUCAGAUGACUUCACUUAUAUCAGGUUCAACAGAAACUGGUCUGAUCUGGUCAUGGAUGGGACCUAUGUUAACAUGGACAUUCAGCGCCCUCUGGAUUCUACCUCUGUUUGUCCUCAGUAAAAUUGUCAACUGUUUCUGGUUUGCAGACAUAGCAGAUGCUGCCUAUAGGAAGGUAAGAGGCCGUCCACAGUUACCCAACAUCAGUAUUUUCAUAGCAGAUAUGAUGUUUAGUCUCGUGAUACAGAUAUUCUUCCUUCUACAGGGGACAGCGGCCAGUUUUUUACCGUUGCCAGCUGUAGGUCAAGUGAUAAGUGUUCUUCACAUGAGUUUACUGUAUUCACUGUACUCGUUCGAGUAUAAAUGGAUAAAUAUGGGAUGGGAAUUACAUAAAAGACUGUCUCAUAUAGAGCUAAGCUGGCCGUAUUUCUUUGGGUUUGGAUUGCCAAUGGCGGUGCUGACAGCUUUACCAUCUUCUCUUGUUGUCAGCGGCUGUGUGUUUUCUAUAUUGUUCCCAGUGUUUAUCAUCAGUGCCAAUGAAGCUCAAGAUGCUCAACAACAAUUCAUGAUUCCAUUGAGAUUGUUCGCCCCUGUAGUAUCGUUGACUAACACACUGUUUCAUAUUACCACCAAGGGCAGUGAAUCCACCUCCACUCCUGCCAACAGACCGAUGACGACGCGUCAGUCUCGCACACAGGAGAACGUUACGUUCAGAUGACACCAGUAAUUAUUGGCGGCCAUUUUAAUGCAAUAUACAUUAUAAAUUAUUCCAAAUAUGUUGUUAACAUGUUGAGUAUUGUGUGUAUUAAGUAUGAGGAUCACACAUCAAGAUAUGUCAAAACUCUAGAGUGGUAUGGUGAUUUGUUGAUACUAACAGCUAAUGAGUCUAAAUACUUUUAUUUGCUCACCUGAAUUUCAAAUAAGGCACUCAAAAUUAACAGAGUUUCCUUGUCAGAAAGUAUGAAUUGCAAUUUAUAUUGAAUUGUGUUUUAACAUGUUAUUUUUGUAUGAAUUUGUAAAAGGCUCAUUAUACCUCAUUAAUGCUAUCACUUUUUAUUUCUCAAAAACUUUUUAUUUUUGUUAUCUUGUUACAGUUUUCAAAAAAUACAGAAUACAUGAAAUAUCUUUAGCUUCUUUUGCUCUUUUUGGCAAUUAGUGAAUUAGUAUUUUGUAUGGAAGUCAAAGUACUAAUUUGUAUACAUUUUGCUACCUUUACGACACAUAACUGCACAUUAAGCGCUACUUUUUUAGUUACGGUAUUACAGAUCUAUUAUGCUCUUAUUCCAUUGUUAGGACAUUAUUAAACACAUGUUUGACAUUUGUAAAUUUCUUGAAUUUAAAGAUAUGGAUUUCUGAAGCAUAAUAUGCGUUUCAUUUUUCGUUUUUAUGUUAUUGAUAUCCAAGCAAUUCAUAUUUUCUAUACUUAGGAUCAAAUAGGUCCCAAAUGACUCAUUAAGUUAUGUUACCUGUUUAAUCCUAAAAUCCAAUUUUAGCACCUGCUUCAAUGUACAACUAUUUUUGAAAUUGUUGCCAUAGUUAUGUGUGAUAUAAAAUGCAUGCAAAAAAUAAUUGUGGACCUGUUAUGAGUUAGUCUGGUGAAAAUCUAAACAAUGUAGUAGAAUUUUACUAAAUAUGCUUUUAUGUGUUAGUUUAUAUUUUGAGUUAUCUUAAAGGGACUCGACUGAGGUUGUUUGUCAUGAUGGGACUGGAUAUGAUUUUUACAGAUUUUUUUACAGUAACUUGUAUGCAAAAUUUCAGAUCUUUGGCUCACUCUGUUUUUCCAGAAUGAUUAUUCUAAUUAUGAAAAAUGACACAAAAUUGAAAACGCUUAAAACUCAAUUCGACCAAAGAAUAGCACAAAAAUGUAAUUUUCAAUUAAUUUUCUGAGUAUUUUCCUUAAUUAUCUUUAGCAUAUUUUUCUGUUUAAGUGCCCUAGCUGAUCUAUGUAAGAAAUUCAAAUUUUGUUUUUAGACUUUUGGACCUCAGUGGAGUUCCUUUAAAAUUGACUCUUUACUUUUUUCAAAUUGUUUUGGUGAUUUAUAUUAUUAUUCCUGAAUUUUAUCCGAUGUAAAUUCAUUUUUGGUUGCAUAUCAGCAAUUUUUAACACAUAACAUAUACUGUCUAUAAGUGUUUUAUGUCCGAUAUUAUCAAUGUAAGUUUCUUAUAGCUAUGAAAAUAGCAUAAGGAUCAUAUUUUUGGGGUUUUUUUUGUCUAUCACAAAGCCAAGGGUAUUCAUCCGGCAGUAAAAUAGCCUAAAUAAGGAAGAGAAACUAAACUUUGAGAAAAAUGAACUAAAAUUUUCAGAAAAGUAUAAAUAUUCUCGAGUGAUGAUUUACUUGUUGACUUUGUGGUAUUAACUGCAAAAUCAGUCAUUAUACAUUUUUUUCUUAAAAUCUUAGCACAUGAAGUUAGAUUUUCUUGAAAUAUACAUGUAUUUAAGCUUAUCUGGAGGCAUGCAGUUUUAAUGUAUAACAAUUUUCCAUGACAAUCAAGUUAGUUCAUUAUGGAAACAUUAUGAUAUAUCAAAAAGAGCUACAUCCAUGAAUGUAAUUAUACACACAUCAAUGUAGUGUAAUAACAUAUCCAAACAUUUUAAAACCUGAGCAAAAUUAAUACAACUAAACCUAUAGGGAAUGGGAUGGUUAUAGCCAUUAUGUAGGUACCUGCUUAACUUACGUUACAGUAUACAGUAACUAGUAAUUUUAUUAUUUGUUCUGUGGCAGAACAUUUGUUUUAUUGGUUAAAGAUAAAUAUGGAAUGUAAGAUAAAUUUUGAUAACAUAUUGCAUAUCUAUUAUAGUAUACUAACAAUUAAAAAAACUAUUCCUGGACGAUAUAAACAAUGUUAAUGUAUUCAGCUCUUGUAUGUUUCUUUUCUUUCUUUUAGAAAAACAUGUUGAAAUGUUUCUAAUAGAAUAUUUUUGUUUGUUUGUUUGUUUUUGGGGUAAUUUAUGGAUUGUUUUAUAAUUUUCUAUAUGUAAGAAAGCUUAUGUGGAUUAAGGAGUUCUCAGUUCUGAUUUCAUUUUCCUGACAUCAUCUGACCUUUAAACCUUACAAUGCUAUAUCAAAAAUAUACAACAUCCAUUGCCACCAGUAUAGAUCUAAGCCAGUCUACACAUCUUUGCAGUCUGAUCACCCUUUUACUAUCACAGACCUAUUUCAAACUUUCAACCUGACAUCCCUAAAAUGAUAAUGAAAAGUUCCAAAUCUGCAAGCUGGACAAGUCCAUUUAAGAAAUUCAGUAGGAUAAUAAGAGUAAAUAUACAACCAUUGUAACUGAAUAGAUCAAGAUCAAACUGGAAGCAGCUCAUCAAAAAUCAAACUUAAUACAAUUGUAUUGAGAAAAGUAUAAAUAUUCACAAGAAAAUUUAACACUUACAGGUUACUGUGUUAAGUUGUUAACAACACGGAAAUAUUGAUGAUUUUCCCAAAAUGAUGAAAAUCGGGAACAUUUCCCCUAGCGUAAUUAUCAACCAACAUAUCAUUAAAUUCUACCAUUGCACAAUUCGCCAAUAUUUCCUCCCGCCAAAUAUCUGAAAUUUUAAAUUUGCUAACUUUCCGACACAAGGAAGAAUAUUGUACAUACAUUUUUUUCCAAAUUUGAAGUUUGAAUCACAUUGUAUUUGUAGACUGUAGAUGAUUUUACAGUAUAGAUUGUAAAGUUGACGAUGUUUUUAAUGUAAGCCUAUUUGAUUCCAUAUGAUAUUUUUAACAGCUUAAUUAACAUUUUUUGUUUUAUAUGAAAUAGAAAAUAAAAGUGAUUUGUUUUGUUUUA